UUGACAGGCCAUUUUAGGUCGUAAACUCCCAGAGGGUAGAAAGAUCCGUCUCUGCAGACCGCUACUCUCCCAAGUACGCAGUGCAGUGCUCUGCACACAGGGCUGGGAGGAGGCGGCCCCCCCCGGCCGGCCGUCGCCAUGGCCAUGCGGGAGCUGGUGGACCCCGAGUGCGGGGGGGCGAACCCCCUGAUGAAGCUGGCCGGACACUUCACCCAGGACAAGGCCCUGCGGCAGGAGGGGCUGCGGCCCGGCCCGUGGCCCCCCGGGGCCCACGCCCCCCAACCGGUCUCCAAGCCGUUGGGAGUGGCCACCGAGAAUGAGCUGGUGGCGGAGUUCCUUCAGGACCGGGAUGUCCCGCUCGCGGCCCAGGCUCCGCAGACCUUCAAGAUGGACGACCUGCUGGCGGAGAUGCAGGAGAUCGAACAGUCCAGCUUCCGCCAGGCGCCUCAGAGAGCCCCUGGCGUGGCGGACCUGGCUCUCUCGGAGCACUGGGCCCAGGAAUUCCUGGCCGCCGGGGACGCCGUGGACGUGGCCCAGGACUAUAAUGAGGCCGACUGGUCCAAGGAGUUCAUCUCCGAAGUCACCGACCCUCUGUCCGGGUCCCCCUCCCGCUGGGCGGAGGAGUACCUGGAGCAAUCAGAGGAGAAGCUGUGGCUAGGGGAGGCCGAGGAGGGCGCCGCCACCGCCCCCGCUGCUGACCGCUGGUACGAGGAGUAUCGUCCGGAGGAGGAUCUCCAGCGAACGGCCAGCGACUUCGUGGCCAAGGUGGACGACCCCAAACUGGCCAACUCGGAGUUCCUGCAGUUUGUGCGGCAGAUUGGCGAGGGCCGGGUGGAGCUGGAGGCCAGCGCGGGGUCGGGCCAGGACCGGGCAGAGCGGUGGGCGGCAGAGUUUAUUCAGCAGCAGGGCACGUCGGACGCCUGGGUGGACCAGUUCGCGCGCUCGGCGAACACGCCCGGCCUCGAGUCGGAGUUCGAGAGGGCCAAGACGGCCGUGGAGUCCGACGUCGAUUUCUGGGACAAGCUGCAGGCCGAGUGGGAAGAGAUGGCCAAGCGGGAUGCCGAAGCUCACCCUUGGCUCUCGGACUACGAGGACCUCACCUCCUCUUCCUACGAUAAGGGGUACCAGUUCGAGGAAGAGAACCCCCUGAGGGGUCACCCCCAACCCUUCGCCGAAGGGCUGCGCCGGCUGCAGGAGGGCGACCUGCCCAACGCCGUGCUCCUCUUCGAGGCCGCGGUCCAGCAGGACCCCGAGCACAUGGAGGCGUGGCAGUACCUGGGCACCACCCAGGCGGAGAACGAGCAGGAGCUGCCGGCCAUCAGCGCCCUCCGGAGGUGCCUGGAGCUGAAACCGGACAACCUGACGGCCCUCAUGGCCCUGGCCGUGAGCUUCACCAACGAGUCCCUGCAGCGCCAGGCCUGCGAGACCCUGCGCGAUUGGCUGCGUCACUCCCCGGCCUACUCCAGCCUCGUGGGGCCCCGGGAGGACGGGGCCGCCGGGCCGGGGCCGGGCCCCGCCAAGCGCGUCGUGGGGUCCCUGCUGUCCGACUCCCUGUUCGUGGAGGUGAAGGAGCUCUUCCUGGAGGCCGUCCGGCUGGACCCCGCCACCAUCGACCCCGACGUGCAGUGCGGCCUGGGCGUCCUGUUCAACCUGAGCGGCGAGUACGACAAGGCCGUGGACUGCUUCAACGCCGCUCUGAGCGUGCGCCCCACUGACUAUCUGCUGUGGAACAAGCUGGGAGCCACGCUGGCCAACGGCAACCAGAGCGAGGAGGCGGUGGCCGCUUACCGCCGGGCCCUGGAGCUGCAGCCCGGCUACAUCCGCUCCCGCUACAACCUGGGCAUCAGCUGCAUCAACCUGGGUGCUCACCGGGAGGCGGUGGAGCACUUCCUGGAGGCCCUGAACAUGCAGCGCAAGAGCCGGGGGCCGCGGGGCGCCGGGGGCGCCAUGUCGGACAACAUCUGGAACACGCUGCGCAUGGCCCUGUCCAUGCUGGGCCAGAGCGAUGCCUACGGGGCGGCCGACGCCCGGGACCUGCCCGCCCUGCUGCGCGCCUUCGGCCUGCCGCAGUGACCGGGGGACGGGCUGCCCUGCGAGUGCCCGCCGGGACCCCCGCCGGGACCCCCGUCGUGACCCCCCGCCCCCCAACCGGGCCUCCCGAGGGGGCGGGCCGAUGCCUCGGCGGGGGACGACCCCGGGCUCCCCGUCCCGGGGGGCCCGCCGCCUUUUCUGCGGGUCCUCCCCAGAUCGGGCCCGCCUCCUGCCCGCCGCUGUGUUUGUCAGGUGCCUCGCCCGGAGUGGAGUUGGGGGUUGGUAGGGCCUUUGGGGGGUGGGGGAGGGCGGGGGGCUCCCUCAGUCGGGGGCCGGGCCGGGGAGGGGGCAGGGCUCGGCCGAUUGGAAGGGUGUGGAUUGUGAGAGGGUUGCUAGUGGACGCUGGCUGGCGGGUGGCCUUGCCCUCCGCCCCCCGCCUUCUCCCGGGACUUUGAGCCCACGGGUGCCGGGUUGUUUAUUGGAGGGCUGCUGCCCGACCCGGGCUCGGGGUCGGCGGGGCGGGGGCUAGGGGUAGCCCGGGGCCGUGGGGCAGCUGGCCCCGAUCCCCGUGGGCCACUGCAGACCCCCCCCCCCCCCCCCCCACCCCGUUCCCUCUCUUCCCCACUGCCACCGUCUUUGGAAAGAUCUGUCUCUUCUUUUAUCCCCCGACUUGCAGUUUGGUUUUUCCUCCUAUAAAUAUGUGUAUAUGAUUUUUGUCAAGAGGUGAUUUUUAAAUAAAGAAUAAAGUUGUAAAAUAUAGGAAUAAAGGGAGCGCCUGCUGUCGA